AUCAACUAGCUGCCGUCAUCAACGCGCACUGUGUUUAAAGUGUCAGCGUUCUAUGUCGAUGUAGUGUGUCCGAAAAGUCAUUUUACUGGUAAGCUAUACUAUAAGCAGCCUUAUGUACGCCAAAUUAUAAUAUGCAUGCAUAGUGUGUAGUAUUUGAUUUCGGGCGCAGACCUGGUUUCUUUUUAUUUUUGGACGAUCACCUCUAACUGUAACAGUUUAAUGAUCUGGACAGAUAGCAAAAUACACUACAGCGCCUCGUCGUGAUGUCAUCAAUGAGCGCCGUCCAGUACGAAUUAUUUAAUUAUUUAUUCGUUCCUUCGUGAUGGACGUAAACAAGGAUGAAGCGGGGCGCUGCAUUGAAAUUGCGAUCAGUGCACUUAGAAACAGCCAACCAGAGAAAGCUCGGAGGUUUCUAGAAAAGGCGCAACAACUAUUUCCAACGGAUAAGGCGAAGGCACUGCUGGAGUCAAUAAGAAGGAAUGGGCAACCCUCCAAUGAAAGUGGCCCAUCGCGAACUGGCCCUAGGCCCCGGCGACCGAGGGAAGAGGCCACAGAAACAGCCAGGUCUUACACUACAGACCAACUGGACUCCGUAAAAAGAAUUAAGGAAUGUAAAGACUAUUAUGAAAUUCUUGCUGUUGACAAAGAUGCCUCUGAAGACGAUCUUAAAAGGGCUUACAGGAAGCUUGCAUUAAAAUUCCAUCCAGACAAAAACCAUGCGCCGGGUGCUACAGAGGCAUUUAAAGCUAUAGGCAAUGCAUAUGCUGUACUGAGUAACACUGACAAACGGAGGCAGUAUGACCACAUUGGGGAGAAGAGAGCACACUCAUCUGGGGACGGCCAAAUGAAUGGUGACUUUGAGGCUGACAUCUCACCUGAAGAUCUCUUCAACAUGUUCUUUGGGGGUGGCUUUCCUUCAAGUAAUGUUCAUGCAUACAGUAAUGGUCGAAUGCAGUACACCUAUCGCCCAAGACCAGCGAGAAGACAACAGCAGCGGGAAGGGGGACUGGCCCUGUUUGUCCAGCUGAUGCCCAUCCUCAUCCUGGUCAUCGUCUCGGCCAUCAGCCAGCUCAUGGUGCCCAUACCCCCCUACAGCCUCAGCCUCAGGCCGUCGGCAGGUCACACUCAUAAGAGGCUCACAGAGAGCCUUGGGGUGCCUUACUAUGUGGGUGACCAGUUCUCCACGGAAUAUGAUGGAAUCAACUUAAAGAAUGUGGAGAGGAGCGUAGAAGAUGAUUACAUCUCCAACCUGAGAAACAACUGCUGGAAAGAGAAACAACAGAAGGAAGGUUUGCUGUAUCGAGCUCGAUAUUUUGGAGACAGCGAUUUGUACCAAAGUGCUCUAAAGAUGGGAACUCCAAGCUGUUCCAGGCUAUCUGAAAUCCAGUCUUCCUUACAUGGUUAAAGUCAUCUGCCACACACAUACUGUAGGUGCAGGUAUAGUCCCCAUACAGUCCUCAGUUUAUUCUGAAAAUGCCUUUUUAGUGUGCCAUUUCAGAUGCUGUAUAGUGUAACACUAAUUUAUUGAAGUCAUACUAAUAAUGGCUUUAUCUAGUUCUUCUGAAUAAUGCCUAUACUGUGAGCUCAUGUGAGAAUUUUCAGGAUCAGCGAUGCAUUUGCAUUGGUUUUCAUUUUUUAAAUAAGAAUGUGUAUAUAUUCAUUUUGAAUGUUUCAUUUGUUUUAAAUGUUUUUAUCCUGAGAGGAGUAAUUUUUCCCAGUUUUAUCCAGUCCCUAAAUGCAUCCCUUUCUGUAAUCCUGACUAACGAGACGUCAUUUAUAUUGUAAUGAGAAGCUUGCCUCAAAUCUUUAAGAACAAAAAUCUUGAAUAAAAUAUUUCAGAAGAUAA